AUCAAAUAUAGUUUAACAAAUAUAUUCUGGGGAGCAGAUAGCACAGUGUGACUAUCUGGGCAUGGAUGAGGGCCUGACCCUGAGAAGUAUUACCUUUGUUCAAGCAGAAUCACAUGUUUGUAAGAAAUAGCUCACGGGGCGCACAUAUUAAAGGGUAUAUGUCAGAAACAGAGUCACAAAGGCAUGAAAUAGACUGCAAAUAUACCCAGUCAAAUUAAGCAGAGCUUUAAUAAAUGCUUUGAGAACUCCCUAGGUACAAAACAUGACUGUACAAGAAGAUUCAGUGUCAUAAAGACAUAGCAAGUUGUUUAUUUUAAAAUUUUCCAGUUCUGUCUUAAAGAAAACAAUUUACUCGAACUGGCUCUGACAACACACAACUUAGCACAUACUAAAACUUUGAAGCUAAUGCCUGGGAAUAUGCACAGAAAACAAACUGCAAGCCAUCUGCCUGCCUCCUUCUUAUUGUAUUCGGCUUCAGCCACUGUGGAUCAGAAGGCAAGUUUGCUAAGACAGCCUGGUUCCCCUCUCGUAUAGCUGUGUAAGUAGAGUAAAUCUAGAUGAUCGUCUCUAUCUUUACACAACCACCACUCCCACAGACAGCACUGAGACUGUUUAAAGGCUUUACACCCACCAUUUCUUAGUAUUCUGCCUGUACCUGAGAGAAGCCUUUCAUCUCUCAUCCUUCUUGGCGGAAGUGGUUAGAAGACAUAACUCUCAAAAGCAGCGUACCUGCUUGGAUAACUGAUGAACAAAAGGAAAAUAGAGCAAUAAAUAGUCACAGAGAUGUGAAAUGCACCUGCCUACAGAGAUAAGUCAAAAGCAAGCGUAUUGAAAAGCCAGUGAAGCAUGCUUAGACAGAGCUAAGGAAAGUGCAGGUCACCUUCUGUAAAGCCAAAUAAGUGUUGCUGGUCUUCAGGUACCUGACCUUGGGCGAGGCUGUGGGGACCCAGCAUCCUGCACGGUGUGGAGGGCAUGUUAAGGACCCCAAAACAGAAUCAGGACCACAGUGGCACUGGCUUCCUAAGAGGGAAACACUGAGAAGGUAUUUAAGUGAAAGCUGGGCUGGUACUAUGUUUUAGGGGGACUGAACUGCAGAAGGAUGUCUGGGUAUGUUCAGAGACCACCCACAGGAUCAAUUACUUCAGAUAUAUUUAAUUUGGGACUGAAAGCUGGGAAGUGGCAGGUUCUGCUUCAAGUUGAAGUAGUUAGUUAAAGGCAAGGCAGUAAAUGAUCAGCAGUUUUAGGAGCAGAGUCAAAUUUUUAUGCACUCAGAUUCUAAUCAAGUCCUGUUUUAGCUCUGAUUAACCAUUACAUUAUCUUAAUAUACGUACAUCCCACAGUAUUUUAAACACAAUCUUCGGAUCUUGUGGUGCUAAACUAUGCUAGAGAAAAUCAAAUCAGCUCUCCAGAGACUGCCAGAAUUCCAGGGGUCAUGGUGUUUUAAUAUUUAGGAGAAGAAUCCUUCACUAAACAAUUCCAGCUUGGAUGCUGGCUAAGGGUACCUGCAGAGAGCAGGAUUCUGCUGUGGGAAGUUACAUGAGCAUUAAUGCUGAAGUGCUGGUGUUGAUGUAACCAAUCAAUUCACCUAAUGCAACUCAUCUGCUCCUUGUAAUACACAUCCUAUAUAAUGAUCAGAUUAUCUUGAAAAGGACAGGCAUUCACAAGAGCCAGACACUGGCUGCCCAGCACAGAUGCAUCUUAUGAUAGCUACCCAAUUACACAAUUAUUUGUCUGAUGUAGAGUAAACAUUAUCUCUAGAUCAGUCAAGAGGUAACGUAGGUACAAUAGGGUUUCCUUUUUCUACUUUUCUGGUUAUGCUUCUACCUGUUAGAAGAAUCAGUUCCGAGAACAGGCAUCCACCUUGGACAGCCACAAACCAAAAGCCACUGAUUGAUACUGAAGAUGAUCUGUUUAUGAAGAGGAAUAGACAAAUCAACCCCCUGUCAAGGCAGGGACCAGAACUGCCAGGGCUGUACGCUGAGGUCUGAAACUUCUGCAGUAACGUGAUGCUGGGGAAGGCACAGGACAACAAAUGUGCAAAACCUUUUUGAGGAAGAUGGUGUGUGCUGAUACUUAGCAGAUGGUAGCGCAAAAACACCAAAAAGCAGAAAGAGGUGGGGAAGUCCACUUGCUUGGGAGCUGUUGAUUGUCUAGAAUGGGUGCUGAAAGCAUGUGAGAGAUGGGAGAAGGGGUGCCUGCUGCUAGCAGUCCUGCAUGCUGAGAUUUGUUACACGGUAGGUGAGCACCUUCCCUAGGAAGGGUCUAGCAGAGAAGAUGGAAACUUCCCCCUUUCCUACAGCAUCGAGCUCUGACGGAUGAUACACGAUCUAUUUGGGGGGAGAGAACAGUAAAGGAGACUCUUUCCUCUUGUCCACUUACCACAAAUUCUCAUAUUCAAGUGUAAAAGCAGAGUCUGCUUCAUUUUACUGAGUUCUCAGUAAAAAGUGUGUGUGCACAUGUGUGCGUGCACAGCCCUCAGCUGGAGGCACUGAGGAAGCACCUGAACACAUCGAGUGACUGAAGGGAGCACAACUUUCCUCUGCUGGUGAGAGCUCAAGGAGAAGGAGGAGGGUCUUCUAAAUGUCAGUGACAGCAGGGCACGUCACUAGCUUCUUGCAGAGCCGCAGGAAGUAUAAAAGGCAGAGCUACCCAAAGAGGGUCUCUAGCAGGAGCUGCUGCACGCCGAGGCUGCGCUGGGACGUACGAUGCUCUCGCUAACCUUGUGACUUCGUUUCUGUUUGAAACAAGACCAUGGACAGUGGUAAACAGUUAAAGGUCACCCUUGUUUUCAGCCUUCCUCUAAUUUUUCAGUUCUGUUCUGGGAACAACGUCACCGAUGACUAUGACUCCAACACCACCAUCGACUACACCAUGUUUGAGACCGUGUGUGAGAAGGAAGAAGUCCGUAACUUCCGCGCUGCCUUCCUCCCAGCCAUGUACUCCCUCAUCUGCUUCACGGGGCUGCUGGGGAACGGGCUGGUCAUGGUCACCUACAUCUACUUCAAGAGGCUGAAGACCAUGACGGACAUCUACUUGCUGAACCUGGCCCUGGCAGACAUCCUCUUCCUGCUCACCCUCCCGUUUUGGGCCACAAGUGCAGCCACGUACUGGUGUUUUGGGGAAUCCGCCUGCAAAGCAGUCUAUUGCAUCUGCAAAAUGAGUUUCUUCAGCGGGAUGCUGCUCCUCCUGUCCAUCAGCAUCGACAGGUACUUUGCCAUUGUUCAGGCUGCCUCAGCCCACCGCUUCCGUCCCCAGAUGAUAUUCAUUAGCAAGAUAACAUGCGUUGUAAUCUGGCUUCUGGCCUUCAUCCUCUCAAUCCCUGAGCUGGUUCACAGCGGUGUGAAUAACCCAGACAACCAUCCCCGCUGCUCCAUCAUUGCUAACGACCUGCAGACUUUCAACACUGGCAUCAAAGUAUCCCAAAUGGUUUUUGGCUUUUUAUUUCCCCUGGUGGUCAUGUCUGUCUGCUACCUCAUCAUUAUCAAAACAUUACUCCAGGCCCGCAACUUUGAGAAGAACAAAGCCAUCAAGGUGAUCAUUGCCGUGGUUAUCGUCUUCAUUGUCUUCCAGCUGCCCUACAACGGCGUCAUGCUGGCCAAGACCAUUUCAGCCUUCAACCACACCACCUCAUGUGAGGAGAGCAAGAAGCUCGACAUGGCAGAUGAUGUGACCUACACACUGGCCUGCUUCCGAUGCUGCCUCAAUCCCUUCCUCUACGCCUUCAUUGGCGUCAAGUUCCGCAAUGACCUCUUCAAGCUUCUGAAGGAGCUGGGCUGCCUGAGCCAGAAGCGCCUCUGGCAGCUGUCUGCCUGCCGUGAGAGCAAGAGGUUUUCCUUUGCCAUGGAGACAGAGACAACCACCACCUUCUCCCCAUGAGGAGAGCUACAGGGAGGCUUUAACCAAGCUGAAGGCUGGCGUGGUUUUGUACACUGCUUCUAUUUUGAAUUACUGAUAGAGGAAGACCUGCCACUACUUUAGGAAAGGCAGCUGUAAGAGGAAAACCAAGGAACCUCCCUGUAUUCCCCUCAGUGAUCAUUGCUAUCCAGUACUCCUGUGGAUGGAGAGACUUUGAUAAAGCUAUGACUAAUAGUAAAGCAAGGGAAAGGGAGACCAGUGAGUCUUGAAUUUAUCAUGCCAUUUCACCUUUAUUUUAGUCUUUCCUAGUCUAAAUCAGAAAUGCUCAAAAUAGAACAUUUUCCUUAAAAGCAACAAACAGCAAGAGAGACAGACACAUGCAACAGAACUGCUUGUUUUAGAGCUGAACUUCCAAGAGCACUGUCCUUGCUUUGAACGUUGCAUUUAAUAAGACCACCUUUUACUCUCCAUAAAUACAAAAAUGAUGCCCAUUGCACUGAUUCAGCAUUCAAGACAAAACAGCACCAAAGGACUCAGCCUCCAAGCAUAACACAAUAUGCAAUAUAAGCUGUGAAGUGUCCUAGCAUGCAACUCUCAGCUCUGCCUUCCCUAUGAAAAGUGAGAAAUCUGCUUAACUGAUACCAAAUCCGUAUUUGGUACGAUAUGCAUAAUUUCAAUAGCUAUGCAUACGAUUGUGGCAUCUCAAGUUUGUCAGGAAAAGAACAGCCACUUCGCUUUUACCUGUAGCAACGAUAUCUGGUGUUUCACCUAUAAGGAAGGUGCAUCCUAAGGAGCAAAAGUUAUUGCAUCCCAACAUUGACUUGUAUUCUUCAGAAAAGCUGCUUCACUUUAGCAAUAAAGCCUCCUUCAGCUUCUGAAAAGACAUCCGCCUGCACAAGGGCUGACGCAGGGGUAGCUAGCAAAGUUUAGAUUCAAACUUCUUGCACAAAGACAAUUUACAAGAACCAAGUAACUGGUGCCUCCCCAGCCACCGAGGGUACAAACUUGAACUAAGAAACAGAUACUUCUGCACCAAUCCAGACAGGUACUCAAAACAUUAUUUUUUACCACCUAGCCAUUCAGCCUGUCCAAAUGUCAUCCUUACUACUGACAUGAUGAGCAAGUCUUUACUCACAUCGUUGAUAUUAAAGCAUGUGUUUUGGCAGACUGGUGCAGGAAUGCUCAGCAUUUUACAGAUUCUAGCCCAGGACAAGUUUGUAUCCGUUUCUUAAGGCAAGACUUAAAUUCAGGAUACAGUUGUGCCCAUGGUCCAACCACUGCUAUUUGCCAGUAUCUGAAGCUCACUUAUAUCUAGCUUUAUCAGCUCCUGUGGACGCAGUCUGCUGAUUUUCACAUACGUGUGGGGGCUUUCUGUGCUGUUGCUUGCUGACCUCAAGAGAUAAAAAACACAAAUGUGGGUUUUCUUCUCCCUUCCCAACCAGUGUGUCUUUCUAGAAGGACUUUUGCAGCUGUCUUUUUACAAGUCAGAUACGUAUUUCACUUAUAAGCUACUGAAAAUGUGUUUUGCAUUCAUACUGUCACUUCUAAUAAAGAAGCCAUUGACUGCAGUUUGAUUUAAUGCAAAGGACAGUCACAGCAUUGAAGAUUACUGCCAGGGUCAUGUACUUGAAAGGAACAUGGCAGCUGAACAACAGAUUAUUGUCAUGUAAAACAAGACCUUGAAAAGAAACCCUGAAUGUUACGCCAGUUGAUGCAUUUACUAGAAGAAUGAAGAUUCCUACCGACAGAUGAAUACCCUGGGAACUGCUGUUGCAGGACAUCUGGGGAUCCUCAACAUCCUCAACUGGGGAGGAGUUGCUGCAAUUGUUUGUGCAUCUGUUAUUGACUAGCACACUCUAAUCCCCAUAGCACACAGCUCUCCCCAGAGCCAGACAUCAAUGGCAAAAGGUCUUGGCCAUGAACUGCUCUUGGUGCUGGGCAGGAACCUAACUCAGUGGACAUACCAUGCUCACCUUCCAGAGCAGCAGUUGAACAGUUUUGAUUUGGGAAACCUGUAAGGCACAUUCCAGUGGACAUACAGAGCCAUGCAGAGCAAAAUAUAUGCCUACUAAACAGACACACUUCUUUCAAUACUACUCAUGGAACCAUUAGGAGACAUGCAGGGAACUUUCUGGAUCAUAGGUCAAAACCCAGAGAUUUUGUUCUAGAGAAACAAGAAUAAAAUCAACCUUCAAAGAGAGAAUUCAAUUAGCUGGUUUUGAGAUAACGCUGCCAUUUAUACAGCUGUCUGCCGAUCAUUAAAGAAAUUCUCCUUCCUAAGCCCUUUGGCUCAGGGGUGUGGGAUUUCGCCAUGAGCUCAGAUUCAUUCUGCUCCGAGUUACCUAUGUUGAGUGACAAUCCCAUCCAGUUGUUUCAAGCAUUUUCUUUUAUAAUGGCCAUGUUAUACAUAUGAUGAGUGCUGCUUCUCUGUCAUAUAAAAGGGGAGGGUUAAGACUGACACACUGAAUAGUCUUUUGUUCUUGUUUUUCCCCUCUAGUCCUUGCACAGACAAGGCCCUUGGCUAAUAAGAAGUUUGCCAGAGUAAGGAAUAACUAUAAUACAGAGUCUUUUUAGUUUUCUUCAUCAGUAACAGUAUACUCUUGAUGUGUAUUCAUAUAUGUAAAGCUGCUUUUCAUAAAAAAAGAUAAUAUGUACAUGAAUGUACCCUGAAAAUACACUGCUUUAACUGAACCUUUUUAUAAAAAAUACACUCACCUAAAUUAUUCUAGCAAGGAAAACUGUUCCAACAGAAAAUGCAAUUGUACCCGUCUCCUGUUUAAUAAAAGCCAUUCCCCUUCUACAUGCUGAGAAUUUUCUAGGUUUUUGUCAACCAGAUGUAUUCUAAAUAGGAAAACGUGCAGCUGCCUUUACAAGAAUGAGAAACUAAAGCAGCAUCUGGGACAGCUGCAUCUGGUGCCUCCUCAACAAGACAGCAGUGACUUCAGAGUGCAUGGCUCAUCUUAAAGUUUAACAGAGAGAAUAAGUCUGCCACUUGAUGAAACAUAUUAACAUUGACCUAAGAUCCUAACUUGAGAUUCUCUACUUAUGUCUGAAAACUGACUGUAUUUUGCUACUUGUGGAAAAUAAAUUAUAACGAUUUUAAAAAUACCUUUGGUUUUUCCCUUGUAUUUCCUGCACAGGAUGUACCUUGUGUGUAUCGUAACAGUUCAUAUCAUAUCCUUCUGAUCCUGCCAAGAGCUGUUUGUUGAUCACCCUAGCUUCAAAUCAGUACUGCCCUACAGAAAAAAAAAAGUGUGAAACAUUCUAAUUUUAAAAAAGUUGGUUUUC